AUGGCGGACGACUCCAUGCCGCGAGAGGAGAUCAUUGGGAUUGUCAUUGGGGCCGUUGCGCUGUUUUCCCUGAUCAGCAUGAUUCCGAUGAUGAUCAUGUGGUAUCACCGACGACGCGCUGCCAUGCAGGUAACCCAAACUCGAAUCAUCUCGCCGGUCUAUCAGGUACCGAUGCAGAAUGUACUCGGCCAUUCUAUCUCCGUGGACCGCUGGCUGGAAGAACAAAACGUGCCUGCCAAUGCGCAGCAGUACGGCCAAGAUACUUGCCCCAUCUGUCUCUCUGCAUUGUCGUCAUCUCCCUAUCUCGCCUCCCCCGACCCAGCCGUUCUAGCCCACGACCAAUCCAACCCAACUACGCGACCCGACUCUCACUGCCCAUGCGGGGCGCAUCACGAUCCACCCGGUAGCGAGGUUCUCGUCCUGAACCGCUGCAAACAUGCGUUCCACCUCGCAUGUCUCAAGUCCUGGUUUGAGUACCGUCGGUACAAGUGCCCGAUCUGCCAAGCUUCGUAUUCGCCAGAAGACAAAGCACGAGGAUAA